AUGGGAUCUGACCAGAGCAAGUGGUCGGAGAACCGAUCGCUGAUCUCUGACGGCCACGCAGUGCGGAUACCGGCCACGCCCGAUGAUCGCAAGACAGUGCCAAAGACUGUGAAGGAUAUGGUAUCUUCGUCUGACCAAAGUCUUCUUGAGUCCGGCAACUUCGCCGACGUGACGGUCAAAUGUGGAGCCCGGACCUGGAACCUUCACCGCGCCAUUCUAUGCCCGCGUUGCCCGUACUUUGCGAAAGCUCUGAGUGGGAACUUCAAGGAAGCUCAGACUCGCGAGGUGAUGAUUCGCGAAGCGGACAUGGACCCGCGCCUAUUAGACUGGGUGAUAAAAUACCUCUACACCGGGGAUUUGAGUGGGCCAGCAGAGUUUGCCAUGAACGAUGGUCCGGGCGGGCUGCUCAGCGUAUGUUGGUCCAUGUUCGCCGCUGCAGACUACUUCAACAUCAACAGCCUUACUCAGAUGGCUCUGAAAACACUGUCCGCUCGUCUUUUAGAAACGGCAGCGUCCAUACAGCGACAAUGCUGGAAGGACAGGCACGAGCUUCGGAGCCCGGAAUGUUACAUACCGACAGAGUACUUGGAUAGCUUCUUCGACAUGGUCUCAUCUGCUUACGAACAUGAGUACGUCAGGGUUGGCAGGAUCAGAAAAAUGCUCCUUCGCUUCAUUCGCCAGACGCAUUUUAUCCUGGUGAAAGAUGUCCGGUUCCGCGAACAUCUGCAAGAGGUGCCACAAUUUGGCAGUGAUCUCUUCACUGAGUUCUGCCUUGAUCCUCCUCCGGACCAGCGCAAAGUCUUGACUCGGUUCCCGUCUAUCUGCAACACUUGCAAGAAGAAUCCACUUAACGAUGAUGGGUUCGACAGCAUUUGGCUUGAGACGGCACGGAUUAUUGUCAGCACUGACGAUCCAGGCUAUUCCCAAAAGGUGGUCGACGAGGAUGGGUUUCAACUGACAAUCUCUGCCCAGGGACUGUGCAUGCGCUGUGCUAGGAAACCUGCGUGUAAGCCAAAGGAUCCCAUCGUGAUUGAGUAA